AUGGAAGCCAGGCAGUCUUGCAGAAAGAGACGAAGCAGCUCUAUUGCUAAUUCAAGGAACUCGUCGCCCGUUUCACAUCGGACAAGACAGAGUAUAUCGGGAUCGGCGGAGCCCACUAGUACUGCACCUGCUGCACCUAAGCGUGGGAAAAAUACCCCCAAAAGAUCUAGAAAGCGAGUUCGAUUCUCUGAUCCGGGUCCACUGCUGCACGACAAUGCCUUUGGCUCCACCGGCCUAACACCUGCUAUGCAGCGUACUUCCUUUGAUGCCGGGUUCUCAAGAGCUGGAGAGUGCACACCAACCCGUACUAAAGGCAGGCGUCGCUCGGCUCCAACCCCACGCUAUCGGCGAUCCUUUGAUUCGAUCAAGCCCUUUGACGAGACAUCCUCGGAGAGAAUCGUUCAGUUUACCCCUCUGCGACAAAUCCUGGAUACGCGCACCCAACGAAGAAUCCGUCGAAUCGGUCUCAGCGAUGAGAUCAACAGUAUCCAGCGAGAGAAGCGUGAGGCUGCUACUUUCGAAAAGACUUUGGCAACUCUGCUUCGCGAGCGAGAUGCCCUUCAGCAGGAAUUGGACUCCAUGAAACAAGGGUCGGAUUCUCCAGAGGAGCGAUUGCCAUCUUAUGAAUCCUGUUGGAUGUCGCCUCGAGUGCAGACCCGAGAUUUAGAAGAACAGACGACUAUUCCGCGCGAUGACAUUUCCGCCGCAUCAAGCCGAGACGUCAAUGAACCUCAAUCUCCUACCAAUAACAAUGACGAUACUUUCAUGAUUAGCGAAAGCGCCAUUCUCACGUCCAAUUCACCCGCCUUCCGGAGCCAAAGCAAUGCCCGUUCGCUCUCACCAAAUCACUCCACCUUGCUUGACCAGUCUACCAAUGAAUGGCCGGAGGAUGCGGAUACUCAUGCACUUAACCUCGACCUCGAGACUGCCAGAAAUGCGAAGAAAGAUCUCUUUGACUCAUGCCGUUCACAAAUAUCCCUUUUUGAAAACUCUGAGCUCAGUGACGUCCUUCAGAACCCAUCACCACCCCCCGACUUCUUCGAUAACAUCUUGAACACCUUGACAGAUGCUCUGUCUCGUGCCUCAGAUGCCACAAAGACCCUUGAAGGCAUAAGCAAAGAUUGCUCUACCUUGGGGUUCUCAGGAACAAAUCUAGACGACAUUAUAUCCGAGAUGAGGUGUGAGUUUCGUUCAGCGCGAAUCGAACUCGAGCGUACUGUCCCUGGAGAAACAGCAGAUGCAGCUCUGGAGGACGGCAAGGCCACAUUAAACGCUCUCGUGAAGCGAGUCAAAUCUUUGGCGAGGGAGCUCAGAUCAGAACGCAACUACCACCAUGGCUCAUUGGGUCGUGAAAAAGCCCUUCGGGGACAAUUCGACAACUUGUUAUACCGGUACGAGGCAGCCGCAGAGAAGAUCAACACACUCGAGGAUUCGAUUACAUCAUCUGCAAGUGAUAUGAUGCAUACCAGAAUGCGCAUGCAAGACCUGGAGAGUGAUGACCAGGAAAAAGCCGUUGGGAUUGACAGAUUAAAUACGGCAUUGGACAAGUACCACGACGACGUCAAGGGUCUCGAAGAGCUGGUGAACAAAAUGGAGGAUGAAAAUGUGGCCAUAAAGGCCAAGUACAGACAGCAAAUAUCCGCCCUCCGGAAGCAGGUUGCGCAUGAGCGCGAACAGAGAUCUGCCAUCGAGUCAUCGAUCACCAAGUAUCAGUCCCGAAUUCGGCAGCUCGAGGAAACUGUUGAAAAGAGCCAGAUCCGCAGCUGUGACUUAACAGCUGAGAUGGAGGCCCUGGAGAAAGAAUAUGAGAGGGCUCUAGAACUAAAGGCCCAGGAGCAAUUACAACAGCACGAACAGGAGAUGGGAACCUUGAACGUCCGCAUUUCAGAGCUCACAACAUCUCUCGAGGAGGCUCGUUCAGAGGCUCAGCGCCUCCGCCAAGUUACUAGCGGCCUUGAAGAACAACUGAAGAUUGAGCUUGAGGCCCGUGACGAGCUUUUGGACAAAUGGGCUGCUGAACAGGCACGCUCUUUUGCUCAUAUGAAGGAGGCUGUUAAUGAUGAACGCCGCCGUGCCAAGGUCCGGGCAGCUAACUGGGAACUAAGAUCUGAUGAUCUUAUGUCAGAUGGCACCACUAUUCCUAGCAGUGAACCCAUUACUCCUGUCAGCAUGAGUCGAUUUGUUGAUGUCGAGGUGGGGAGGGGCAAAGAUCGCAGACGCAUCGACAGUGGUGUUGGAAUUCUCACUGAAGAGCUUCUAGAAGAAGACAUGUCAGAUCUUAGACAAGGAUUGGACUCUGAUAUUGACCUACCAACCGUGUUCUGA